AUGGAUGACGGAUUUGAGGUUAUUGCGAAAAUACCAUACCGCUUUACCGGUCCUAAGUACUAUGCCACUGCUAGCGAAGCUGCUACCCUAUGCUUCCUCCAUGCAAAAGGCAUCCCUGUGCCCCAGCUAUAUGGGUAUUCGCCUUCAGAGGAUAACCCUGUCGGAGUGGAAUACAUUCUUAUGGAAAAGGCGAUGGGUGUUGGAUUACAGAAUAACUGGCAUGGCAUGAGCAAACGUGAUCAGCAUAAGCUUGCAUCGAGUUUCGUUGAAAUUGAGAGGAAUUUCUUCAACAUCCCUUUUGGCUCUAUCGGGAGCCUUUACUUCAAAACGGACAUUAAGCAAGACCAUCAGGCUGCACUAUAUGCUCCCGAUGUACCAGAAAACGAAGACUCUGAAGUUUUCUGUAUUGGUCCAACAGCGGAUUACAUGUUUUCGUACGGCAGAAGAGCUGCUCAGCAUAUUCAUCGUGGACCCUGGAAUAACCAUCAAGAGUACCUAGCGGGUAUUGCUAGAAAAGAGGCUGAAUGGAUACGCUGCUUUGGGAAACCAGUUGAAUUGGACUUCCCAUAUAAUGGCGUCUUUCCUGGGUUAAAGUAUCCGGCUGAUUACUUGCCACUUCUGGACAAGUAUCUUGCUUUAGUACCAUUUCUGCUUCCGGAGGACACAAAUAGCCGUCUCAAUAAACCGACACUCCGGCAUCCUGAUAUGAACCCAAACAACAUCUUUAUUUCACCAGAGUCUGGUGCUGUGUCUUGUAUCAUUGACUGGCAGCACAGCUUCAUUGAGCCACGCCUGUUGGCAGCUGGCUAUCCUCGUGCAUUUGAAAACCCCGAUCCCCAACAGUCAACUGGUCUUAAAGAACCGUCACUUCCUUCGAACUAUGUGGCCCUGUCGUCCCAGGAAAAAGCCGAGGCGGAUGAACUCUACCGGCGACGUUUACUAUUUCAUUAUUACCGUAUCUUCAACGGUCAUUACAACAAACCUCAUCUUGAAGCUUUACGUGACCCCAUUUUGCUUCCCCGGCAGCAUCUCGUUGAUAGGGCGGGCCGUCAGUGGAGUGGAAAUCUAGUCACUUUGAAGGGAGCUUUAGUCCGGAUGGUGGAAUAUUGGCCUCACCUACCCGAUACAGAGGGGAAGCACUGCCCUGUAAGAUUCACAGCAGAAGAACUUACUGACUUUCACGACGAAGAACAAACAUGGCUCAAUCUGAACAAGGUGGUGAGUCAGUGGUAUGAUCAAGUCGGUGGUGUCUCCGAAGAGGGAUGGGUCAGUAACGAACGCUAUGAUGAGACUGUCCAGAGAGUUGCGGAACUCAAGUCUGCACUAAUAGCGAGUGCGGAAGGGGAUGAGGAAGAUAUUCGGCUGUUGGAAGAAGGAUGGCUGUUUAGGGAUAGCGACGAGUUUCAUUAA